GUCUCUCUCAUUCCGUGUCUCAUCUCAGCACCAUGUUCCAGCUGCUGAAGAAGCGUCUGGUUUUCUUGAUCUUCUAUCUGUGCUGUGUUCCAGUGUGCUGUGAUGUUAAACAUGUGAGUGGAACAGCAGGACAGAAUCUCACAGUGGCAUUCACGAUGAAGAGCACAAAUUUUACCAACAGGCAGAUGAACAUUUACCGUGACAACACAAAGAUUCACGUGUUCAACAAAUCCAAUGGACCCUGCUUUUCAUGGGGAAACUACACACUGUCCAAGAUCUGCAUCACCCAUCCGUCCCAAAACCCGAUCAAUCUGAUCUUCACAUAUCUCCUAGACGGUGGAGUGUAUCACCUUGCUGUGUUCAUGCCAGACUUCACUUUUGAAGAAAGCAACAAAGUGAACUUGACUGUACUCCCAUCUAAUUACACAACAACAAACAUCACAGCUGCCUCAUUCAAUAACACAUCCUUCCAGCUGGACCAAUCAGACAAAACGUCCAGGAUGUUGAUGUUUAUUCCGGUGCUGGUUGUAGUCGUGAUGUUGGUGAUUGUUCUGCUCGGCUCGUUUUACUGGAGCUACAGGAGAAAAACAGACAAAACUCCAGCUGUGAACUCCACAUCAACACCACAGGCGAUUCCUGAUGUUACUUGUGUUGAUUACUGUGUUCUGGACCUUCCGAACCGAGCCGGAGAGAAAGUGAGGAGCACAGAGGAGCGAGUGGAGUACUCCCCCAUCGUGUUUCCUCCAAGAAAAACUACCUCACAAGACAAUGAGAUAAAAUCAACAACACAACAAAACAAGAUAAAAAUGACAAAACAGCAGCGCAAGCAGAGAGAAACAGACAAAGUGUCUGAAAAUCCAAAAACAUCAAAACCUAAACAUCACAAAUGUAAAAAUAACUCACAUCUAGUCACAUCCUGUCAAGUCCAAAAUGCCCAAGUGUGAUCCAUUCCAUGGGCAUUUUUAAGAAAUUAUUAUCAUCAGUUUGCAAAUAAUUACACAUUUUAUGCUCAAAAUGUCUCUUCAGGUGCUCUGUAUUUAACACAUCAAUUAUUACAGUUUCUUUUCAUAUCAGCCUGCAAGAGGAAACAAUCACUCCCUUAUUCCUGUAGCGCUGAUAAUGUGUCCUCAUCCACUUCCCCUCGUCCACAUCCAUUCAAAACCUGCCAAAACUUCAUAGAGCGUCUGCGAAAAUGCAUAGAGCGUAAGGGUGAACAUGCUGUAAAUAAUAAUAACUUUUCGCACACCCUGUAUUCUACAACCUGUACAUAUCGGGGUGAUGAGAUACACCAAUAAUCUGAAAUCUUUAUAUCAUUCGUUUUAUUCUGUUCCUGUGUAUUUCCCCUGUACUGUCCACCAACAGUCUGAUAAGAGCUGUUAUUUUACUUCAUAUAGGGUGCGUCUCAAUCAGCGUCCUAGUUCAGUAGUCAGGGCACUGAUCAGGGAGUCAGCCAUUUUAAGGGCUGUCUCAGUUGCAGAAUCCUUCCAGUGCACUGUCAUAUUUACUCCCUUAAAAAAUCCCACAAUGCACCACAAAAACCAAGGAGCAUCAAUGCUUACUGUGUUCCCUUACUGGAUAUUACAUCAUGCUUUCUGAAGCCCCUGAGCUCAAAAAAAAUAAAAUGCGGGCCGAACCCUCAGCCAGCUUCAUCUACAAAUGUAAGUAGCUUGUUAUCGUUGUUGUAGCUCUCAAAUGAUUACUUACAUUAGCAAUUUAUAACUUUAUUUGACGUUCUAUAUAUGGUCUGUUUGAGUCUAAUGGCUUCUGUUUAAUGAUGUAAAUCCACUAAAAUAAAUAAAUCCACUAGCUAAUGUACGAUCCUGUUUGGAGUACCGUGACAGAAAUGUGUGUGAUUAAGCUAAUAAACUUAUAUGACAAAUAAAUCUUUGGGUGAUGUUUUAGAAAGUGAGUACAUAAUUGUGUUGCUGGAAAUUGAGUUGUCAGAGUCCCAAUGUGUAGUGAACCAGCCUCCAUUACCAGUGCCCGUACUCAUAAACGUGAUAUACUGACCUAGGGAGCUAGUUAGCAGAUCAAGACAUAGGGAUAACGAAUACAUUUAUUUACAUUUAUUCAUUUAGCAGACGCUUUUAUCCAAAGCGACUUACAAAUGAGAAAAUACAAGCAAAAUGAACGAGUAUGUAGACUCAAGACUCAAGACUUCAGGAACAAAACUUACCCAGAAUGCUUUGCUGAACUUGAUUGAUUGGGAUGUUACCCACUUUUGAAUGGUUAAGGGAAGUGGACAAGGGCAUGUUACAAAUUGACUGAAACACAAGGAGGAGUUUGGUGUGAAAAUACAAAGAGAAAGUUUGCGUGUUAUUGGGAGAAACAGUCGCUGUUGAACUACACCACAAAAUACAAGAAUACAUCAGAAGAGACAAGUGUGUGUGUGUGUGUGUGUGUGUGUGUGUGUGUGUGUGUGUGUGUGUGUGUGUGUGUGUGUGUGUGUGUGUUGCAGUGCAAUUUGCCAGUGGUACUUGAGUGACAACCACAUACACCAUAGUGUGAAAUCCCCCUCAUCAUAAGUGUUCUUCUGUACCUGUGCAUAUAAUGACCUAAAAUGAUGAUAUAUGAAAGAUAUUAAUAUGUAAAAUAUGCAAAUAUGUAUAUAGUUAGCAUAUACAUUUGAGACACUAGUAUAAUGACAUCACAGUAAAUAAAGUGUUAUAUAUCUGGGCUAGAGUGUGAUGAUCUGCCAGUGUGGAAAUUACUGUAAAUCUGUAAUAACGAAAUCUAUCUCAGAAUAAACCUCAAAAUAAAUCAAACGUGUCUCAACACUCUGACUUUGUGUUACAUGCUAAAGCUGGCUGUAUAUUCUCAUCAAGUGUGUGUGAAGGUUUAUUGUACAUUUAGCUCAUGAAGAGGACACACUCCUAUUUUAUCUUCAUAUGAUUAUGUCGAGAAACUUUAUCAUUAUUAUGACCCAAUAAACAUUUUUUUCCCCUUUGUAUGCUGAUAAAAGGUUUUUAUAGCAUUUUAUAGCAAAACAAUUUUAUAUGUUUUAAUAUGUGAUAAUGAGAUUUACUGUAUAUUGUUACUGUACAAUAAAUUGUUCUCACUGACAUUUAUAUAAAGAGCAUAUA